AUGGCCGAGGAAACUGGCUGGCAGCCCGUGAAGCCAGAAGGGCUAGCGCUUGGGACAUUCAUCACUACAGUCGUCCUCUCGGUCUUGUGUUCCAUCAUCGUCUUGAUGAGGAUGUACAUUCGAGCAAAGAACCAAUCACUCGGUACAGACGACUAUCUUAUGUGCGCAGGCUGGGCCGCGUACAUAGUCCACAAUGCCAUUGUCAGCACCGGAUGCCACCGAGGCAUAGGCACUCCCCGAAAUAAACUUGAAACUGCCCAAGUAAUCGAGGGUAUGAAGUACGUGUUUAUGUGGCAGAUAUUCUACGCCGCCACUCUCGUUUUCGUGAAAUCGAGCAUAUGCGUCACCGUACUACGAAUCGCGGCUGGAAGAGUAUAUAUCUGGACACUGCGAGGACUCAUCAUUCUUGCAGUCUUGAUGAGCUCUGUCGGGCUCAUCGUUAUCCUAGUUCAGUGCCGACCAGUCGAAGCAUUCUGGGAUACAUCGAAAGGAACUUGCAUGGACAAGAUUCUUCCCACGAUCUUAACAUACGCCGCUUCGGUAUCGAACGUCAUAACCGAUUUUGUGACCGCUACCAUUCCUAUUAUUUUGGUACGAAGGCUUCAGAUGCGAGCCAAAUUAAAGCUAUAUGCUCAGCUGGUUAUGGGCUUGGGAAUAUUGGCAUCCAUCGCAAGCAUUGUUCGUGUACCAUACUCGAAUGCUUAUUUGAAACCCGAUGAUUUUAUAUACCAAGUCUCCAACAUUAUUCUCUGGACAGUCGUUGAGUGCGGAGUUGGCAUUCUUGCGGGCUCCUUGCCAUCACUUCGGGCCUUCUUCAAGAGCCUGGCCAAGGAUAAAAGCACGAACCCAAGCGGUUCAUACGCCACCGACCUUGUAACAAUUGGGCAGAUAAGACAAGAUCACUCCCAAGCCAUGGAGCUAGGAUUUGCGACAGUCAACCGCGACGCCGAUAUCCGACACGAACACGAUAACGACAGCACCAGCCACAUCAUUAAAAGUACGACAGAGUUUCAGACGGAGCGCGCUGGAAGCGAUGAGGAAGGGUUAUGCGACGGGAGAUACUCAAAAGAUUCAAGAGAAAGGAGGUCAUAG